AUGUUUUCCAUUGCCAAUCCCGAUGAAGUUCAUUGCAAAUGCACAAGAUGCAAUCGCAAUCCUCUUGGAUACACUAUGACAGAUAAAAGAACUGCCAAGCGUCAUGCCCAGAAUGAUAAUGACAGGAAUAUGGAUAAAACCAUUAAUGAACAAACAGUUUUGACAGCCAAAGUAAACACUGGUGAAGCUGAUAUGGACGUAGAUCAAAUUGAAGAACAUAUUGAAUUACCAAUAGAUGAUAAUUACUCCGAUGGUGCACCCUCACCAGAGCAGUAUGUCAAUACCCACUUACCUCUUUUGGUGGAAGAAUCUCUUUUUGAAACAGAGGAGUAUACCUCAGAGUAUGAGUCUGAAUAUGAGUCAUCGGAUGAAUUUGAGCAAGAAGAACAGAACAGAGAGCAAGAACAGGGCGCAGUAAUUUUGAUUACAUUCAUAAAUACAAUCCUUGAACAUUAUGGAGAGGAUUUCCGACUUCCCACAAGCAUUCCGGGUUUGAGGAAAAUGACAGGAUACAAUGACUUGACAAACGGCGUAUCAAAAUAUGUAGCAUGCAGUAAUUGUCACACAUUGUACGAUUACAGCAACAACACACAUACAUUCUGCAAUUUCAAAAGAGUUGGUAGUAAGACGCAUUGUAAGAAUGAUCUCUACAAGUCUAGUAUGAAGAACGCCAUGAUUCCAAAGUGCACAUUUGUUUAUAACUCGUUGACAACUACCUUGAAAAAAAUGUUUACACGUCCUUCUUUUGAGAUGCGUGCAACCAUUAUCGAUCCCAUGCACAACCUUUUUCUCGGGACUGCAAAACGAAUGAUGGAUAUUUGGAUUGCAACCAAUUUGCUUGAUGACAAAGAUUUGGUAGAGAUGCAGGAAGAGGCUAAUAGAAUGGUACUCCCUGUAGGGUAUACGACUCUGAAGAUAAAGAUUGGAAAGAAAUUUCCGUUUAUGAAAGCAGAUGAGUGGAAAUCAUGGUGCCUGAUAUACUCUCCUGUUCUGCUUAAGACACGCCUGCGAGAUGAUCUGCUUGGCAAUUGGAUCCAUUUUGUCGAUGCAUGCAGAGAAUUGACGAAGCCAAGUAUCACCAAAAAUGGGAUCAAAAAAGCUCACGAAAGUUUGGAGGAGUUCUGUGUUGGUUGUGAAGACUUUUAUAAACCAGAUGUAUUCACGCAAAACAUGCAUCUCCAUCUCCAUCUAAAAGAAACGAUUGAGGACUUUGGGCCAAUUUACGGAUUUUGGCUAUUUAGCUUUGAACGCUAUAAUGGUGUAUUGAAAGGGUUUGAGACAAACCAGAAGAGUGGGUUCGAGAAUACCUACAUGAAAAGGUUUCUUGAGAGUUCUUACAAUGGUGACUUUUGUCAAGCGCAUCUCAGAAAUGUUACCAGCCCUUUACUCCUCUCUCUCUUUCUCAAGCUGUCUGGUUGUAAAAUCUAUAAUCCUGCACUUUCGCCACAUCCUUUGAUACCGUCAUUCUUUCACUUGCCAACGUUCCUACAAUCCACUGAAAAGCCUUCAAAGCAAACAUUUGGCAACGAAUCUCUACCUCUUUCUGCUCUACCAUUGUGUUUGAAGCCACCAACAACAAGGAGAAAAUCCGAGUAUGAUUGUCGGCUCGAUUUCUAUAAAAUUGAGUAUGACGAUGCUUCUCUUUGCAGUGCCAAGACAACAAUCAGGAAUUGUUGGUUUGUGAAUGACCGAAUCCAGAAGAUUUCGUCCAUCAAUCUUCUUGGACAAGUUUACACAGGUGGAGAAGGUUUGGUCGUGAGAGGAUCGCAUAUACAAGCGAAAUUUAUUGAAAAAAGUGGAGACUCUGAGGAAAGAUAUGCUGGUCGUAUUAAGUACUUGUUCUUGCACGAUUUUACACCAAACCUCACGCACACCAACCUUUUCCCUUGUCACAACCCCCAACACGUAUUUGCCUUCGUUGAGUGGUACAAAAUUCCUUGCCAUCAAUCUAGAAUCAAGCAGGGCAUUGAGUUGUAUGAGCCAGAAUUUCUGAAGUAUGACUACGACAACAUUCUGCCUGUCCACCGCAUCUUGUCGCCAAUUGCAAUUGGAAGUCAUGUGUCUGGUAGUGGUGCAGCAAAAGUUGUUGUUAUUCCUCUGCCAAGAAAGCUGUACGCUUAA